UACUCGCGCGGAAGCGAAAUCUGUCAGUCAGAUGCGUCGAGGAUGAAGGUGUAAAACACCUCGAAACAGGUUUCAAGUUAGAAAAGAAUGGACGGUGCUAUGAGUACGUUUGGUCUGCCACCGUUCGACAUUGGUCAAGAUUUUAGUAUUCCGCCUCAUUUACGCAACCCGGAAAAUUUUAAUGCUCGCUUUCCCAAUGCACGUUUUCCCAGCGCAAUUUCGAACAUUUUCAGGGCCGGAGAUUACGCCAGCAAAAGCGUUAGUGACGAUCAUGGCGGUCGCCACAUGGAUAUGAGCAAUGGAAUAGAAGACAUCUCCGAAAUUGGAGACAACGAGCUGCCCAUUUCUGUGGCCGCUAUGAAUGAACCUUAUCUUACCUCGGGGACUACGACGCUUGGAUGCACACAACAACAACACAGUUCUUUACACACAACGAUUCCGCCGCUGCAAUCGUCCAAUUUUUUCUCCGACCCCGUCACUUCUGAAGCGGACUCUUAUUCGAGGGACAUGCCAUUCGCGAGCCCUAUGGAUUUCAAUAUAAAGAACGAACAAGAGCCUCGAUUUCACCUAAAUCCAAGUUCUGCUAUCUCAAGCAUAUCGAGUGCACUACAGCCCAACAAACCAAACAUCAUGCGUUCGAUUUACGGCCCCAACUUAAAUCCCUCUUUCCCAGAUCCAGCCUCUCAGUCGAUGUACACUUACAUUCAUCAAACGCCGGUAAGCAACGAUUCAAAAGCGCCGCAGUUUUACCGACCGUUUCCCGGCUUCCCGCCUUUUGAUACGCCAGAAUCCAUUCAGGACAAUCACGGCUUUUCAAAGUCAGACGACAGCCGAAUUUUUUCCCCGGUUCCCAGCAGUCACAGGCCUCAGAUUAUCGACCGUCAAAAGCCACAAGGCACCAACCGAGCGGACGCUCACGACGUUGAAGAUGUUGACGAUGCUAACCGUUGUAAAAACACAGUGGAAGGUACUAAAACGUCAGUUCGUCGCCUCAAGAAGUGGUACAAAGACAAGUACGGCAAAUCUAUCGACAUGAACACUGUUACACGCCAAAUGGCUCUAGAAAUGUUGAAAGAUUUCUUUCUCGAAAUUCGCGACACGCGGCCAGGUAAAGAAGGAAACGAAUACGAACCUGUGACACUGACAACGUACAGAAAUGGUCUGAGGAGAUAUUUCCUCGAAAGAAAGUGUCCUCCCGCUGUAGAAAACUUCGAUUUGGCCGAUCGAGAAUUCGAUGUAGUCAACUAUGGCCUGGUCUCAAAGAGGAACGAGCUCAAGCGCAAAGGAAAAGGAAACCACCCAAACGUGGUUGAAAGCAUUACCGAAGAGCAGUUAGAGAGAAUGUGGGCCUCGGGAGCUAUUGGAGUGCACGCACCGAGACCUUUAUUACGACUCCAGUGGUGGAUUAACACAGUCAGUCAUGGAAUAAGAGGACGCAUGGCCCACCAUGACCUAAGCAUCGAUGACUUUCGCAUCUCUCGCGGCCCAGACGGCAAGAUCAUAAUUGACCACAUGAAAGCUGGGAACAAGAGACCAAGGGCGGACGAAGAGAAAGACAACCCUAGAAGCAAGAAAAAGUGCAAAGCCCGGGUAGCAGCCACCGAUGGAAGCGAACGAGAUCCCGUACGUGCGUUCGAGGUGUACCUCCGUCACCGUCCACCUGGUAUCUCGUCGUUUUAUCUCACCCCCAAGCACAAGCCUAAGGGAGAUAUCUGGUUCAAUAAAGUGCCCAUGGGCAAAAAUUCUAUUGGAAGAAUCAUGAGGGAAAUCAAGGCAAUUGCUGGGAUAGGAUAAUUUUCACUGGCUGAGAACUCUAAUUCAAUGAGAACUUUACUGCUGCUUCAAAGGUAGCAGAAGGAACUUUAUGACCAUUGCAAAGGUCAAUCGCCUCGCGCGAGACUUAACAUAGAGACGGUUUCAAACCAUUUUCCUUGAACUGAAGGACUGAUACACUCGUAAGUAAACACUACAAAUGGCUUCUGCUCUUUUAAAGAAGAAAUCUUGAAAUUUUUUAUAUAAAAUUAUAAAAUUUUAUGCUAUUAAGAGUAAGAGAAUCAACUAUAUGCGAUACACACAUAUAAAUAUAUCUAUAUAUAAAAUAAUGUUUUUGGUAUAUCAUUGGGAAAAAGUUUAUUAAGUAACAACUCGAAAACAGUGCUCAUGGGAUUUUCCAUCAUUUGCAAGAAUUUAAACCUAAG